ACAAAAACAAUUUCAUCAUCUCUCUUAACUCAUCAUUUAUACAGACAUAUCAAUGGCUCAGUAUCAUCAACAACACGAAAUGAAGCAGACAAUGACAGAGACACCGUAUGUGACAGCUCCGCCACCAAUGGGUUACCCGGUGAUGAAGAAGGACUCUCCCCAAACUGUGCAGCCUCCUAAUCAGACGCAGAGCAAAGGCACUGGUGGCUUUUUACGUGGAUGUUUGGCUGCAAUGUGCUGCUGCUGCGUUUUGGAUUGUGUCUUCUAGGGAACUCUCCAACUAUACACACACGGCUUCUACCGAUCUCUUUGUCUUGAUUCUUCAUGUUUUCUCUGUAGCUUUUUAUUAAGUUUUGGUUGAGUGUUGCUAUUUCUGAUUUUGUUAUGAGGUUCUGUUACAUUUUGUUGUUGUAUUGUAAUUACAUUCUUAUUCUUUUGUACAGAAUAAUUUUAUAAAACGUUAGUUAUAUC